AUGCUGUGGUUUUCCCUUUUAUUUCAUUCCAGGUUUCUGAUUGUCUUGGGGUGUUUGAUCUUAGCUGUCUUGACAACUUUCAAGGAGUAUGAAACUGUUUCGGGAGACUGGCUCCUCUUGCUGGAAACUUUUGCCAUUUUCAUCUUUGGAGCAGAGUUUGCCUUAAGAAUCUGGGCUGCCGGGUGUUGCUGUCGCUACAAAGGAUGGAGGGGGAGACUGAAGUUUGCCAGGAAGCCUUUGUGUAUGCUGGAUAUCUUUGUGCUGAUCGCUUCAGUGCCAGUGGUUGCGGUUGGGAACCAGGGCAAUGUUCUGGCCACAUCACUCAGAAGCCUCCGCUUCCUUCAGAUCCUACGGAUGCUCCGAAUGGAUAGGCGGGGCGGCACAUGGAAACUUUUAGGAUCGGCCAUUUGUGCACAUAGCAAAGAGCUCAUCACUGCUUGGUACAUCGGGUUCCUGACACUCAUCCUAUCCUCGUUUCUUGUUUAUCUGGUUGAAAAAGAUGUUCCUGAAAAGGAUGCUAAUGGGGUGGAGAUGAAGGAAGAGUUUGAAACUUAUGCAGAUGCACUGUGGUGGGGGCUGAUCACCCUCGCUACAAUUGGGUAUGGCGACAAGACCCCCAAAACAUGGGAGGGACGGCUGAUUGCAGCUACUUUCUCUCUCAUUGGAGUGUCUUUCUUUGCUCUUCCUGCAGGCAUUCUGGGCUCAGGGCUGGCACUGAAGGUCCAGGAGCAACAUCGUCAAAAGCAUUUUGAGAAAAGAAGAAAGCCAGCAGCUGAACUCAUCCAGGCUGCCUGGAGAUACUAUGCUACUAACCCCAACAGGAUUGAUCUAGUUGCUACCUGGAGGUUUUAUGAAUCAAUUGUAUCAUUUCCAUUUUUCAGGAAAGAGCAAUUGGAUGGUACUGCCAGCCAAAAGCUGGGUCUCUUGGAUCGGGUUCGUGGUACCAAUACUAAAGGAAAGCUAUUUACCCCUCUGAAUGUAGAUGCCAUUGAAGAAAGUCCUUCAAAAGAGCCUAAGAAUGUUGUCUUGAAUAAUAAGGAGCGUUUUCGCACUGCAUUCCGAAUGAAAGCGUACGCUUUUUGGCAAAGCUCAGAAGAUGCAGGAACAGGGGAACCCAUGGCAGAAGAGAGAGGCGAUGGUAGCGACUUCCUUAUGGAAGAUAUGAUUCCCACAUUCAAGACAGCCAUCCGAGCUGUCAGAAUACUACAGUUUCGUCUGUAUAAAAAAAAAUUCAAGGAGACUUUGAGGCCUUAUGAUGUAAAGGAUGUGAUAGAGCAAUACUCAGCAGGGCAUCUUGAUAUGCUUUCCAGAAUAAAGUAUCUUCAGACAAGAGUAGAUAUGAUUUUUACACCUGGACCUCCAUCUACUCCCAAGCAUAAGAAAUCCCAAAAGGGAGGAGCUUUUUCUUACCCUUCACAACAGUCUCCCAGAAAUGAACCAUAUGUAGCCAAAGCAUCUACAGCAGAUACUGAAGACCAAAGCAUGAUGGGCAAAUUUGUUAAAGUUGAACGACAGGUUAAUGACAUGGGGAAGAAACUGGAUUUUCUUGUUGAUAUGCAUAUGCAUCACAUGGAACAGCUGCAAGUACAGGUCGCUGAGAUAAGUCCAUUGAAAGAAACUGCUUCUCCUGCAAAGGAGAGGAGAGACGAAAACAAAUAUUCUGAAUUAAAAACAAUAAUAUAUAAAUACACCGAGCAUUGUGCUCAUGAAACUCCUUACAACUUCCAACAGGUUCCAGUCAACAAAGUCAGUCCUUAUGGUUUCUCAGCACAUGGUCAUAUGACUCAACCUUUAUCAAUAGGUGGGCAAAACUCUGGCAAACUGCAAGCCACACCUUCCUCAACUUCAUAUGCAGAAAGACCAACAGUUCUGCCUAUAUUUACAUUAAUGGACUCCCAGGUUAGCUACCACUCUCAAGGAGACCUACAAAGUCCUUACUCAGAUAAGGUGUCUCCAAGGCAGAGAAGGAGCUUAACAAGAGACAGUGAUACUCCAUUGUCCCUUCUCUCCGUCAACCAUGAGGAACUCGAGCGCUCCCCAAGUGGCUUCAGUAUCUCCCAAGACAGAGACGACUUCCCAUUUGGCCCCAACGGGGGAUCAGCAUGGAUGAGAGAGAAACGCUACCUAGCAGAGGGGGAAACGGACACAGACACCGACCCUUUCACACCAAGUGGCUCCAUGCCUUUGUCUUCUACAGGAGAUGGGAUUUCAGAUUCAAUAUGGACCCCUUCAAAUAAGCCAGUUUAAAAGUGCGUGUGGGGGCAGUCACUGGUUGACUUCUCCAUGUAAUGUAAGCAUACUUUGUAUAUCUCACUUACUCUACACCCAAA